UUAAUUUUUUAUUGGACAUUCUGGAAGACGGAUAUUGAAAAUCUGAGGGUUUGCGAUCUUCUUCAGGUGGAUGACCCGACUGCUGCUGCGCUUUCUGGUGUAGUGUAGCAGAUGAGGUAGGAUGAGCAGGUUUGCUUCGUGCAGUUUGCAAUUAUUUGGUCGACCUGCGCUCUGCGUGUACGAGGUAGUGUCACACCAGUCGUACCGGAGCUAACUGUUAUCGGCUGCUUCCGAUAUACACUUAGGAGGUUGUCAUUUAUAUCGGGACCAUUUUUCACUGGGUCCAGUGGAGUGAUUAGGUAGCUCGACUGUACUGGUAUUCGAAGCCGGUGAAGCAACGUCGCUACUUCACGCAUCGGUGACCAUAUCGCCUGGCCUGAGCGACACGAUGAGAAGCCGGUUUCUGUGCGUGGCACUGACGAUAUGCUUCUGCUGUACUGUUCUGCGCCUCACCGACGCUAGCUGGGACGGUGACAGCUUGUGGGGCACUGCGGCGGAAACUACACUUCAUCUGCAAAUGCCCCACAUUAGACCCAUGAAAGAUGAUGACUCUGUUUGCCAGUCCAUAGAGCUACCAGCCUCCGACUCCUACAUAGUUGGAUUUGAUCUGGUCGGCGCAAGGCAAGCCGUGGACCACAUGCUGGUGUUCGCAUGCAAUGAGCCGUUUGUCAUGGGAGUCUGGCACGACUGCACGCAUGUGUGCACGUCCGGUCGCCGCGUCAUGUUCAGCUGGGGAGCUGGUGCGCCGACCAUCCACCUUCCACAAGGUGUUGGCUUGCCUGUGGGUCCCUCAACCGCAUCCCGCCAUCUUGUCCUACGGGUUCACUAUAGCAACGCAGACUCAGUACCACUGGCUGGUGCUGGUGAUGACAGUGGAGUGGCUGUGCACUUGACGCGCCAGAGGCCGCAGUAUCUCUCCUCUAUCUACUUGCUGGUGUCGAACACCGGUGAUAUCCCAGCUGGACAGUCAGAGUACAACCGGGAUAUAUCCUGCAGGUAUACGGGAGAUGUGCCGCUGCAUCCGAUUGCCUUCCGUGUGCAUGCCCAUAGUCAUGGACAGCAAGUCUCAGCAUUCAAAGUAGACCGGACGGGCAGCUGGUCGCUGCUGGGCACCCGUGAUCCACGGCAGCCGCAGGCCUUCUAUCCCGUACAGGAUACAUCUGUGGUGGUCCAGCCCGGCGAUGUCAUUGCUGCAAGGUGCAGGUACAACACCAGCGACGAGACAGCAGAUUUGGCAAUAGGGAUGACCCGCGACGCGGAGAUGUGCAACUUCUAUCUGAUGUUCUACGCGCGUGCCGACUCGGUGGACCGCUUGCCGAAGAGCUGCUCCGGCCGUUUGGAUGCCCUAGACUAUAGCACAAUGCCACGAUUACAGUUGUCUGGCAGUCCUCGAACGGAGAGUACUGAUGCCGCUGUGGCGAUCGUAGAGACCAGCUCCAUGCCGGAAACAGUCAUGGAAGUUGCAAAGACGACUCCGCCAACCGAGCACCGGGCCACUACCAUAGCACAACCAGCUAGAACGCAUCCUAAAGUUGUGACGCCUGGUCCACCCGAGACUGAAGCACACGUACCUCCAACCCGGCACCAGCCGCCUGCAGCUCCGGUGGUGAUGCCUGUUACAGCCGCACCUUCAACGGUUCCUCCACAACCCAAGACCGACCCGCCAGCUCCUGCAGCUGCUGCUGAACCCAGCACACCACCACCGGCAGCAGUUCCUCCACAGCCAGAGCCUCCAACGCCUGUACCCACUGCACCCACUGCACCCAAGACACAGCCACCUGUAGCGGCUUCUCCGCAGCCUGAGGUAAAUCCGCCAGCUCCUGCAACCAUUGCACGAAGACCACCAGCGGCAGCUCUUCCACAGCCCGAGGUGAACCCGCCAGCCCCGGCAUCAGCUGUACCUAAGACACAGCCAGCUGCCGCAACUCCUCCGAAACCUGAUGUUCGGCCACCGGCUAAGGAAAGGCCUCAAGAAAUUGCCACUCAGAACAUUGCAGUGACGACGACAAAUGCCCAGUCCCUUAACGCCACUGCAGAGUACGUGAAGAUCCUGGGAAACCGGGCGGUGGUGAUCUUCCUGGUCGUGCUGGCCAUGUCCUUCGGGGGCCUGCUCAGCGGAGCGGUGGUACGCCACUAUCAGAUGAUGAAACGCCGGAACGUGUGGCGCGAUCGCUUCAACGGUGGCGGCUCCAAGAAGCUGCUAAUCGACCCGACGCGUAGCAACAAUGGCACUCACCGUGGCAGUCAUUUCAGCAGCUCCAAUCCGGUCUCGUUUCAUCAAAUAGUACCGCCGAUGUCGUCCGACUCGGAUAGCGACGGUGAUAUCUAACAGCUACUGGUACUCUGGACCUCACCGCCUAGUGUUGAGUGUCUGUGGCCGUGCUUAGAUUCGACAAUGGCCAUCUGGACGUUAUCACUCGCUAAUGCACGCAUGACCUCACUCCCGAUCCCCUGUGCGAAAGCGAGUCAUGCAAGUACUGGCGGUGUGUAUGUGAGCCAUGCAAGUACAGUGCUGGCCAGAGAAAUCCAACCUGAUGAAUAAAAUAGCGCCGCGUUCGAGAGCAUAUACAUAUAAUUAUAGUGCUGGGGCUGCAUAGCGCCCGGUGCUGUUUUAUUCACGAGGUUGGAUUUCUCUGGCCGGCACUGUACCAGGAGAGGUCUUCCUGACGAGCACAUACCACUAGAAUAACAUUUGCUCCUGGACGUCACGCAUCCUGUACAUAAGCUGCGCGAACAACAAGAGUGCGUAAACACACACGCACAUUGCAACCAACGGUGUGUGUGGCUUCAAUAGGAAUUGGACCGCUAAUUUAGGUUAUCAGGUUUUGCCUACUCUUUACCUCUUUGUUCUUGAAGUACAAUGCAGUUCAUUAUGUGCCAUUUCCUUCUGUUCAAAGCAAUUAUUUUCACAGCUGGUGCAAUUGCAUGCUGAAAAAUUCCCUAUUGUAACAAUCUGUGCUUGGCAA